AAUUUUGAUAAAAUGACAGUGUUCUAUUUUUAUCCCUGGAUGGAAAAUCCAUAUUAUUUUACUUUCAUAAUGAACUGAAGAAAAAAGAAGAGGCUGCAAUGGCAAAGUCUACUGAUAGCCAAUCUGCUGAAAUGAAAGACCAACUUUACAGUUUCUUAAAGGACAGUCUUUUAGAUCCAUUAUAUUGGAAAGAUGUGUUCGCAGCAAAACAUGUAACGCUACCAGAACAACUGUCAUUUCUAGAGGAAGACGACUGGCAGUCAUUUAAAGAAAAAAGCAGAGAGCCGUGGGAAAGGAAGAUAAUUGAAAAGAUUCGAAUCAAUUCUCAAUUACAUCUACCGUCGUCGGAGGAGCUCAAAACAAUUAUUAACAAUCAUGGUUUAGAAGAAGUUUAUUGGAUACAAGUCUUCAAUGGUAUAGGCGUAACAACUCAUCAACAACUAAAAAACAUGCAUUCGGACGCUUGGGAUCAUCUCAUAUCUAUGUCACGGUCAUCAUAUCAAAAUGAAAAAGCUGCUUUAAAAAACCUACAGCGUCAAACACAGGAAAAAUCAGUUUCAUGUUUACCUGAUGAAGACUAUAUAAAUUGGGAUAAACAAAUGAAGGAAGGGAAACUCAACCGGCAAAUAGUUAAAUGCGAUAACCUUGGCCACGAAACAAAAAUAAUGAAAGAACAGAUGAACGAUAAGAACACAGCGCUUUCGUUAGAUUCGUGUAGAAAAGUUGUUAAUGGGCAUGAAAUGAAAAUGUCUAACGCAACCACACCUGCAGUUUCUAUUAGUUCUGUUGAAAUGCUUAAAGAGAUUUUAAGUAAAGCAUCCAGCGGUAUAAUCUGUCGCGGGUUUUAUAUAUCUAAAGAUGGUGAUGAAAAACCCGGAUCACAAGCAAUAGAAAUGUGUGGCCAAUUGAAAUUAUUGGCACCAGAGACAAACGAAAAAGAGGAAGGAAAGGAAUUUUUUACAAAGAAGGACUACGAUGAGUUUCAAAGUCGUAUAGAUGAUGGAAUAUUAGAUAUAUCGCUACUCGGAAGCCUUGGAAAAGGAGCAUACUCACGUCAAAGCAAUUCAAAAAAAUUAGCAGGAAAUAAGUCAGGUGAAACGUUUUACUCUAAAAUGAAAUCUUCCAUAAUAUCAGUAAACACAACUGAAUUAGAUAAAACCAAUAUUCGCUUAACUGUAGGUGCGGUAGAUCAAUUAAAAAAAGUAGAAAACUUGAUGCUAACGUUUGGAAAGAAUAGCAUCUUAGCACGGGAUACAAUGCUCACAUUUUUUCAAAAUGUUGGAACGCAUGUACAUUUUGGUUUAGUUACGCUUGGAGGAGUAUAUAUGUCGUUUGCAAUAUGUGAACAAACGACGUCACAGUCGUUAUUCAAGUUGCAGAAAAAUAUCAACUUUGUCCUUGGUGCCAUACAUCCAGUAAAAGCACAGCAAGCAAAAGGCUUCGGUGUUGGUGGUGUAACCAGUUCAUCAAAUGAAUCAGCCACAUCGACAGAACAAACCAUAAAUGAGGAAAACAUAGAAACGAAAAUUUUAAAAGUCGGUGGUCCUUCUGCAAGUGACUUUCUUGAAUGGAAAAGGGGAAUAGUAAGCAACCCUUACGAUCUUGCAGUUAUUCACAUGGAUAAAGUAGGUAUAUGGUGUUUAGUCGAAUGGAGGGACUAUGGUUUGAACAAUCCUAAUUUUCUUUCUCGUUACAUUUACGAUUCUUUCAAAAUACACGAAACAGAGAUAGGGUCUUCAGAUGACAGUUUUCAGUUCCACCUUACGAAAACAUGCGAUUUAUUCCUUAAUCUACAAGGAUGGCUUAACAACUGUCAGAAUGUGCAGUUGCCUCAAUUGUUUGAAAUGCUUGAUCUGUUUUUGAAUCAAAAUGAUAACCCUUACUAUGACGAACUUAUUCAUUCUAGUCUUAUUAUAAAAUUUAUUGAAAGAGUCAUCGAAAAUAAAUACACAUUAUCAUGCCAUGAUACAAUACUGAUUAAAUUUCGUACACAAGCACUUGUUUCUGCUUUGCAAUCAGCAACUGAUUUUGAAAUCAAUUACAAAAUCUUAAACUUUCAAAACGACGCCGUCUGGAAAUGGGAGUUUGAUAACUUUGAAACAUGUGUAGACUACAUUAAAACUGAUAUGCUUCCAAUAUUCGAAGAUGAAAGCAUAAAGGAAAGAUUUCAGGACCAGUUGGAACGAGAAUUAUGUAGAUUUUGUGACUUAUCAUCCGAAUCAAAUGCAACUGGUGGAAAUGUGUUUCGUCGUCGUCUUUGUUUAUUAGCCCAGGCACGGCAUAGGGAAAGAAUGCAAAAAUGUUUUAAGUCCUACUCGAUUCUGUCAGAAUUUUCUUUUCUCGUUAAUAGCUUUAAAGACGGAGACUGCAAGGCUGUGUUCUCGCAUAGUCUAUUAAAAAGUGAUAAAGAGUUCAAAACUUUUAUCGAUGAAAUUUGCAUCCCUAUGUGGGAAGACAUGGAACAGAAAGACAUAGCUAACUCAGAAAGUGAGACUCAUGAGCUUGAUAAACUUUUGUUGUCGAAUAUCAAAUUGCUUUGUGGGAAAUCGAUAUCCUCUUCGCCUAAAAAUAGCGAAAUGUCAUUUAGAAAGGGUAUUCAACUCUGUUGUAAUGAAGAGACAUCAUGUUCGCUUUUCAAGGAAAAUUGCACGAAGAUAAAAAAACAAAUCCUUUGUUCAAACAAAGCAAAGGCAUUUAUAUUACUCAUUGGGAGCAUUGCUACAUUUACAUGUAUUUUAAUCCGUCUUAAAUAGCAAUAAUUGACUGAAUUCAACAUGUUCAACUGUACAAAAUCAGUUUCGUUCGCAUCAUUUUGUUACUGUGUUAAACGAUAAAUUGUUAAUACAAAAGUCGUAAAAGGGUAUAAGUCUCUGAUGCAUGUUUUUUUUAUUAUUAUUAAUUGUUUUGGCUUUUAACUAGCUGUCAGUAACUGCGAGUACUCUCAAAUCGUACUUUCUCUUUAAUUUGACCUGUUGAUACUAUUUGUAAUGCUUUUUUUGUUAUUUAAUGUUAACAUGGAUCUUGUCUAUA